GACAUAGCAUCGGCAUCAGCAGUGCACGCGGCGUUACAGGGCACCUCCCUUGCCUCCUCUGAUAGAGGCCCAAUCCGCAUCCAGUUCUCCAAGAACCCGCUCCCUCGGACGUCGGCAUCAGCAGUGCACGCGGCACUACAAGGCACGUCCCUUGCCUCCUCUGAUAGAGGCCCCAUCCGAAUUCAAUUCUCCAAGAACCCGCUCGGAGUUAAGGGGCCGGGCUUCGGGGGAGGAAUGGGCGGAAUGGGGGGAAUGGGCGGAGUGGGGGGGGUGGGGGGCGUUGUGAAGAGUGAGAUAGGCCCAGUGGCGGAGCCCCCACCAGCGGGAACGGACGGAGGAGCAGGGGGACCGAUUGGGGCAGAGGCGGCAGCAGCUGCGGCGUUGGCAGCAGCGAGGAUGUGGCAGCUGGAGCAGACGCGGGGGCAAGUGGGCGUUAGCAGCAGCAAGUGGGUUGACCUAGAGUGUGCUGUGGGCGUGAAGGGGUGUGGCAGCAGCAGUAGGGGCAGCAGAGGCAAUAGCCACGGCAGGGGCGGUAGGGGGGUGGCAGCAGGAGUAAUGGGGACAGCAGGGGCAGUAGGGGCAGCAGGGGCAGUGUGGGCAGCAGGGGCAGUGGCGGCAGCAGGGGCAGUAGGGGCAGCAGGGGCAGCGGGGGCAGUGUGGGCAGCAGGGGCAGUGGGGACAGCAGGGGCAGUAGGGGCAGCAGGGGCAGCGGGGGCAGUGUGGGCAGCAGGGGCAGCGGGGGCAGUGUGGGCAGCAGGGGCAGUGGGGACAGCUUGA